AUGCUUCCUGACUUAUCUCUCCACUUGCACGCUGAAGAGUACAACAUCUUGAUAAACUUGCUCAAGGAAUGUCACAAAAAUUACGUGGAAAAGAGGAUCAAGAGCAGGGAGCAUGGAAAUGCUAUGCGAAAGAGACUAUUUAAUCCUCUGGAGGAAUCUGAAAAAUAA